AUGAGAGAAGAAACACGCCAAAUAUUUCUGCAGACGAUUGAUAUUGAUCUUGGAAAGAGAAAUGCGGCGGAGUCUAUGCUGAUGAAUUUAGAGAGGGAUCCGGAGUUUGUGAUGUCUCUUCCGCACACAUGCAUGAAAGAUUCUGAUGCCAUACUGAAGAGAAUAGCAACGAUCUACUUCAAGAAUGCAAUAAUCAAGCAAUGGAAGGACAGCACGUAUUCUGAAGUUCGGAAAUAUCUUAUAGAAAACAUACUGGAUUUGUUUUUGUAUGGAGACGAGAUAACAAGAGUGGCAUACGAUGCAAUUAUUGUGCAUAUCUUCAAUACGGAGAAGUUGAAUGAGUUGAAUGGGCUAUUCCAGAAGGCGUCCGAGCUUAUGAAAAGCGCUGACACAAACAGCGUUUUUACUGCGUUGAAUAUGUACGAGAAGAUAUUCGAUGCAGAGAAGAUAAAGUAUAAUCUUGAACAAGUUCUGGGGUUGAUGUACAAUACUGCAGGAAAGGAUGUCCUUGAGAAGGUGUACGAGUUUCUAGAGGCGGGGAACUAUGGGAUGGUUAAGAUUGGGAUGGUUGUGCUAGCGAAAUCCUACUGUUACUACUCGAUUCCCGACUUCCUUUCCGCAAUAGGCACUUUUUCAUAUGCAUUCAACUUGUCGCUCCGGAUUUUGAAUCUGAGAGGUACUGAUGAGAAUCUACUUGAAAGCAGAAAAUGGGCAGCAUACUUUAUGUACAAGGCCUGCAGCAAGGGAAUCAAGAGAUUCUACAAAAACAACGAACUCACCGAGUACAUUACCGACAUCAACAGAUUCCAGAUGAUAUACACAACAUUCAUCAAGAUCAUCCAAGAAAGAUCGGAGGAGACCACGGACAUUGAGCUGUAUGCCAUAGACUUUUUUGUACUUCUAACAUCGAACUCAGAGUUUUUUCGUUACAUGGAGCCUGAUCUGUUUUAUCUUAUUUCUGGAUACAUUCUGCCAGUGUACUCUCUGUCUGAUUCGGAAGAGGACGACAUUGAGAACGAUCCCGAUAAAUACUUGAGGGAGAAAUACAGCUUCUUUGGAAAUGACCUAAGAAACAGCCUUAGUAUACUGUUUUGCGAUAUCAUAUCGAAGGUCAAGCAGAAGGAAGAGACCUUCCAGGGUAUCAUUAACUACCUUGUCUCUGUUCUCGGGAAGUGCAAAGAAAGCCCGACGCCUGACAAUAUAAGGUUAGCAUAUGGAUCUCUCUUCCUGUUAGCAAAGAUAAAGUCGACACUGCUGAGGAAGGCUAGGAGCGUGGUUGUGUAUGUUAUGGUGAACCAUGUGAUUCCCUCCCUCUGUGGAAACUCGCUGGCCCUAAAGUCUCAGGCCUGCUACUUCCUGUCGGAAAUACAAGAGGACCUUCCCAUCAACACCAUAGUAUUCGAGGCAUUGGACAGUGUACACAAACUUAUGAAGUCUGAUCACAAGGUGCUCAAGGUGGAAGGCACUCUUGCCAUGUCAUUCUUCUUGUUUAACGAAAUGGCCUCUGAGAAAUUCAAGGAGCUGAUCCCAGAAACAGUAGAGUCCAUACUAAGCCUCUCAAACAUAUAUGACUUUGAGUCUCUUACAAUAUUGCUCGACUCGAUUAUCGGAUACUAUCCUGACGAAAUAUCGAAGUAUGCACCGGAACUUGUCCGCUCAAUAUCAAGAAUCACCCUGUCGCAUCUGAUGAAUGAAAGCGAUGAGGGGGAAAACAAGCUGUUGGUCGUUUCAGGCUUCCUUAGAAGCAUGGAGAAUCUUGUUCUAUCGCUCAAUCAAAGAUCACCCACACUUAGACAUUCAUACAUGAACUCAUAUGAUGUACUGUCCUUCAUUCUAAAGGAGGAAAAAUCAGACUUCUACCACGAGGCCCUGGACAUACUCAAUGCCUAUGUCUUCAUGAUCAAGGAGAUAGAAGGAUCCAUGUGGGGCCUUCUGCAGAUGAUAUUGAAUCUCCCUGCAGACGAGGUAGGAAUAUAUUCCGAAGAAGUGGCUAACCUGAUUGACAACUUCAUAACAUAUGGAAAAACAAGCAUUAUUGAUUCAAACAUACUGGGAAGCAUCUACUCUUUAAUUUCAAACUUCUGUUUAUGCAACGAGGAGAAUCUUUCUGACGAGGAGUUUAUAAGUGGAUGCCGAAUUAUCGAAUCGAUAAUUUUGAACAUAGGAAACGAAGUUCUUUGCAAGGACCCUUCAAGGUUGUCUUUCUUCAUUUCUGUUGCAAUGUCUAGCGACAGUAUUGACGAGAGUAGCGCAGCAAUGGUAUAUGCACUUGAAGUUGUAAUGAAUUGUUUUAUUCUGAGGCCAAGUGAAACCAUCCAAAUUCUUAGAAUGCAGAAGUACUUCCAAACGUUCUUUGAAAAAUUCUUUGAGCAGAAAAGCAGGUUCAAGAGGGUUCAUGACAAGAAGAUAUGCACCCUGUUCGUGGGCACGAUUUGCAGACUUCAGGACGGAACUCUUCCGGAGCUCGACAUCCACAACCUCAACAAGGUUCUUGUGUCAACAAUCACCACACUCCCUGCAGCUAUAAAGCUCAGAAAUCAGAUGAAGGAAAACGAAGACGCUGCCAUGUCUUCGGUAGAUUCAGAAGAAGAAGAUUAUCUUGAUGCAAGCGAUGAUCUUGAUACCAUGGAUAUCUUAGAAGAGGAUAUUUACUUUGAGUCGGCCCUGGACCACUUCGAGCCAUUUGGGUACAUCUCUUCCAUACUCUCUUCCCCUGUAGCUGGGUCCUAUGGAGAGAAAAUUAUUUCUGCAAUGACCAACCACCAGAAAGAGUCCAUCUCUACUGUCCUCAAUGGAGAGAGAGUUGUCCAGAAAAUAUGA